GAAUCAGAUAGCCAGCUAGCAGAUGCUGACCCACACACAAACCUUCAUUGUUAAUAAAAUUAACGGUGGAAAAGGCUCGUGUGAGGGAAAAUGAAGGACAGCCGUCGAUGAAAUGUUGUAAAAGAAAUAAUAAAAUCAAAAUGAUCACACCACAUUUGCAGCCACCACCAAAAUAGACCCACCAUUUCUUUCUCUCUCCAAAACUCUCUCUCUCUCUCUCUCUCUCUCUCUCUCUAAAACUCUCUCUGCAAAGAUGAGCAAGGGACCAGGACUCUUCACCGAAAUCGGAAAGAAAGCUAAAGAUCUUCUAACUAAGGAUUAUAACUCCGAUCAGAAAUUUUCCAUUUCCACCUACAGUGAUGCCGGCGUGGCCUUGACAUCAACAGCAGUGAAGAAAGGAGGACUCUCAGCUGGGGAUGUUGCAGCACUAUACAAGUACAAGAACACUGUUAUUGAUGUCAAAGUUGACACUGAUUCGAAUGUCUCUACUAUUCUUACUAUAACUGAAGUUCUGCCUUCCACAAAGGCCAUUGCUUCCUUCAAAUUGCCUAACUAUAAUUCGGGCAAGCUUGAGGUUCAAUACUUCCAUGAUCAUGUGGCCUUAGCAACAGCCGUGGCUUUGAAUCAAUCCCCAUUGGUUGAUUUCUCAGCCACCUUUGGUACCCCAAGCAUUGCUUUUGGUGCAGAAGCUGGUUAUGACACCACUUCUGGCAAUUUCACUAAGUACACUGCUGGUAUUAGCAUGACCAAGCCAGAUUCAUCAGCCUCGAUUCUUCUGGGUGACAAGGGAGAUAGUUUAAAAGCAUCCUAUGUGCAUUACUUUGAUAACUCGAAGAGAACUGCAGCAGUUGGAGAGGUGACUAGAAGAUUUUCAUCAAACGAGAACACUUUUACAGUGGGAGGAUCCUACGCUGUGGACCAUUUGACAGUGGUUAAAGCGAAAUUGAAUGAUCACGGGAAGCUAGCAGCUACCCUCCAGCACGAAGUUAUUCCAAAGUCGGUGAUGACAGUCACUGGUGAGAUUGACACGAGGGGCUUGGAAAAGAACCCCAAGUUCGGUUUGGCAAUUGCACUCAAGCCUUGAUGGUUCACACACUGGUGGAUUCUUGGAACCUUGUUAAAUUUUUUUUGGUGGCUCUCGAAAGGGAGAACUUGAAAUAAGUAGCUCCACAGAUUAUAUUCUUUUCCAGACAACAACUGUGGAUGGUUUGACUUGAUUAUUUCUCUUUCUAUUGUUUUCGUUUCUUUAUGGAAUUGUAAGGUAGCUGCUAAUAUGUGCUAGGCAUUUUGAAAGUUAGCCCAUUUUAUCUUUUAAUGGAAAUUUCUGUUUCACAA